GCGUGCGCGCGGCGGCUCCGAGGGGGCGGCCCCGGGAAUGGCUGCGCCCCCUUCGGCUCCCGUGCCGCGCUCGCCCUUUUACCUGCGGAGGCCGGCGCCCGGCCCGCAGUGCCCAUGGGGCAUGGAGGAGAGCGCGGCGGCCGGCGCGCGCUGCCGGGAGCCUCCGGGCCCCCCGCGGGCCGCCGUUCCCUGCUUCGGGAUCUCGGUGCACCCGGACGACAUCCUGCCCGGCGCCCUGCGCCUCAUCCAGGAGCUGCGCCCGCAGUGGAAGCCCGAGCAAGUUCGGACCAAGCGCUUCACCGACGGCAUCACCAACAAGCUGGUGGCCUGCUAUGUGGAGGAGGACAUGCGGGACUGUGUGUUGGUCCGGGUGUACGGGGAGCGGACGGAGCUGCUGGUGGACCGGGAGAACGAGGUCAGGAACUUCCAGCUGCUGCGAGCACACGGCUGUGCCCCCAAACUCUACUGCACCUUCCAGAACGGGCUGUGCUAUGAGUACAUGCGGGGCGUGGCCCUGGGGCCUGAGCACAUCCGGGAGCCCCGACUCUUCAGGCUGAUCGCCUUGGAAAUGGCCAAGAUUCACACCAUCCACACCAACGGCAGCCUGCCCAAGCCCACCCUGUGGCACAAGAUGCACACUUACUUCACCCUCGUGAAGAACGAGAUCAGCCCCAGCCUUUCCGCAGACGUCCCCGCGCUGGAGGUGCUGGAGCGGGAGCUGGCCUGGCUGGAGGAGCACCUGUCCCAGCUGGGCUCCCCUGUGGUGUUCUGUCACAACGACCUGCUCUGCAAGAACAUCAUCUACGACAGCACUAAAGGUCACGUACGGUUCAUUGACUAUGAAUAUGCCGGCUACAACUACCAAGCUUUUGACAUUGGCAACCAUUUCAAUGAGUUUGCAGGUGUGAAUGAAGUUGAUUACUGCCUCUACCCUGCGAGGGAGACCCAGCUACAGUGGCUGCACUACUACCUGCAGGCACAGAAGGGGAUGGCCGUGACCUCCAGCGAGGUGCAGCGGCUCUACGUGCAGGUCAACAAGUUUGCCCUGGCAUCUCACUUCUUCUGGGCGCUCUGGGCCCUCAUCCAGAACCAGUUCUCCACCAUCGACUUCGAUUUCCUCAGGUACGCAGUGAUCCGAUUCAACCAGUACUUCAAAGUGAAGCCUCAGGUGUCCGCCUUGGAGAUGCCAAAGUGACCCGCGCCCCCCUCCCUCCCCUCCCCAUCUGCCUGGCAGGCUGGUUCUCCGGGACUUGGCUCUGUUCUGGGGUCUGCACCCUCGGACAAGGUGGGAGAGGGGCCAGGUGGGUAUCCGGGGAGAAGGCUGCCAGCCCCUCGUGGGC